UAGAAAUUCUAAAAUGUGUACCAUUCUCCUUUUUGUCAUGUAAUUGAUUCACAUUGGUUUUUAGACAAAAUUUGUGCAUUUUAUUAAGUUUAAGUUUUUUUCUGAUUUUUGUUGUUCUUAAAUAUAGUUAAGUAGUUUAUUACUUGAGUGUAGUUAUAAACAUUCUUUUCCACGUGAAUACUUUAGCAUUAUUUUUUUUCUCGUUUUUAGUUUUUUUUUUUUUCUCAUUUUCUUGUUUUUUAUGUGUACUAUAAUGUGUUUGAAGUUUUUCAAGCAUUUUUAGACUGGAGUUUGUCCUGCAGGUGGCGCUCAUACUCCAGAGCUAGCGAAGUACUGCUAAUGUUCAUGAAUCACAAACAUAUUUUUACUUAUCAUAAUGUAAGUCAAAUACAUUUAAAUGUGUAAACUUUAUGAAGAGAGUUCUGAUUUCUUCCCCUCGUUGACCCCUUCAGGACCGCACGGGUUUUUCCUCUCUGUCUGGGUCUGCUCUGAGCGCAGACAGGGGGGCGGAGCCUGGCUGCUGCGAUCAUGGCUCCACCCCCUCCCGCUGAGGAGCGCCGGACCGCGCGGUGAUGAGUGUGCGGGACCGCGCGGGGAUCCUUCUUACCUGCAGAGGAAAACAGCGGCGGCGGUGCCCGAACUCACUGGAACUUGGAGAUACUUUAUUCUGCAUGUGAAAGCGGUUUUUCCGAGCUGGACGUGAAUGCAGCUUCGUGCUACUUUAAAAGGCUCGUUAAAGUGCGAAGAGGCGCGUGAGCUGGGAGGGGGGUCAUCAACCGCAGACAGACGGAUCCUGGUUCCGGACGGGAGCGUUGAGGCGAUGGACUUCACUCUCAGAUGGACUGGUGGGCGUCGGCCCGGUCCAGUUCUUCUGCCUGUUCCGGUGGCUCUGAGUGAGGGUUUCUGAAAGGUCCAAAAUGCCAGGAUGCCUAUCACUCAAGACAAUGCCCACAGCAUCCUCCUGCUGCUGGAGGACUGGCACCGGGCUCACGUCACCACAUCGCAGCAGAAUGAUACCCUGAAGGAGAACGGCUCAGGAUCCAAGAAUGGAGACGAGGACGGUGCAUGCUGCAGCCCCGACGAGGGCCUGUCCCUGUGCCUGGCUGCCUGUCAGAAGCUGGUGGAGUACAUCAACUUUAACUUUGUGGAGGGUGAAGCGACUCCACCCAGCAGCCCGUGGGGCUCAGAGGCCAUGGACAUGGAGCUGCACGCCGUUUUCCUCAGAAAAGGUGAUUCAGACGGCGAAGAGCUCGGCCUCAGCUUUGGGAACAUCCCCAUUUUCGGGGAUCCUGACAUGAGGAAGAAGGGGAUUCAACGGAAGAGGAGGGAUCAGGGCCCAGUCCUAGAUGUGGGCUGCAUUUGGGUGACGGAGGUGAGGAAGAGGAGCCCGGCGUGCUGCUGCGGCCGCAUCAAACUGAGAGACGAGGUGCUGUCGGUGAACGGUCAGCUGAUGGUGGGGGUGGACGUCAACGGCGCCAGUUACCUCGCCGACCAGUGCUGGAAUGGAGGCUGCGUUUACCUGAUCCUGCUGCGCCGGGUCAAGAAGAAGGCUCCUCCCCCUCCCUGUGAUGUCAGCAUUCCUUUCAACAGCAUCUCAUGUGAAGAUCUGCAUCAGAACCAGCAUCAGAACCAGCAUCAGGACCAGCAUCAAGAUCACCAUCAAAACCUAGAUCAGGAUCCGCAUCAAAACCAGCAUCAGCACCCAAAUCAGAACUCCCUUCCGGAUCUGGAUUGGGAUUUGCAGGAGGGCAAGCAUCAAGACCCAAAUCAGGACCCUCAUCCGCAUCUUCAUCAGGACCUCCAGCCGGACCGGCAUCAUGGCAGCGCUGCCUCUGAAGUCUCCAACAACGUAUCAAACUGCAGACGCAUGCGGAAGUUUGGGGUUAUUUCCCGCUCUUCAUUUCACCGAGACAACCCAGAUGGUUCUGACCCGGAACUCCACCGCUCUCAGAACAGCUGCAGCCCUUCUCUGCAUCCUGACGGAGGUCUCAGCUCUUCCCUGGAGAACUCAGACUGUGUUGCAUUCACAGAGAGCUCCAACUGCUCGGCUCAGGUUCCAGCGGCGCAUUCUCACAACGGUGUCGCUGCUCCUCCGUAUCGCCGUGAGCUGUCAGAAUGCAGAAUGAGUUCAUUCGUCAGCGAGCCGUCAGGCCAGCACAGAGAAGACAGCCACAUCUGGAGGAUGCACAUGGUGAAGGGGCAGGAGGGGCUGGGCAUCCACAUCACAGGGGGGCGUGGCUCCAAGAGGUGUCCUCAUGGCAUCAUCAUAGCCCGCAUAGAGGAGGGCGGGGCCAUUCACAGAGACGGCCGUCUUCAUGCUGGCGAUGAGCUGCUGAUGGUCAACGGUCAGUCUCUGGUGGGCCUCACUCAUCAGGAGGCCGUCGCAGUGCUCCGCUCCACCUCAGGCUUAGUCCAGCUGGUGGUGUCCAGCAGUGACGAGUCAGACGUCGAUUUCAAACACUUUCCAUCCAGCAGCCUUCCAGACAUCUCCAGCACCUGCAGGUCCUCCUCCUGCUUGUCUUCAGCCUCUGCAGAGAGUUUCUCCCACGCCUCCUACAGCAGCACCGCGCUGGAGAACCAGAACACGGCUGAGAGUUUGGAGAAACUUGACAAACCCAGCGAAGAGGAGGACUUAAAAAAAUGGAAAUGUAGCCCCCCACCCAUGAAGCUGUGCAGUCAUCCCCAAGGGGGCAGCACCCGCCUGGAGUCGGUGGGGGAGGAUGACGAGCUGUUCAUGGAUGGUGGGGGUGUGGGAGUGGCGGUGAAGCCCCUGGCCGGCCGCCGUAAACACUCAUUACCUCAGCAGCUGGACGCCGCUGGAGUCAGGCAGGAUUAUCCGCUCAUUAAGAAAGCAGCUCGCUCCCUGAGCACCGUUCAAGUGGAGUCUCCAUGGCGACUGGCUCAGCCGUCCAUUAUUUCCACCAUCGUGCUGAUGAAAGGCCGAGGAAAGGGUCUGGGAUUCAGCAUUGUGGGGGGGCAGGACUCCGCUCGAGGACAAAUGGGCAUAUUUGUCAAAACCAUCUUCUCCAACGGAGCAGCAGCAGCGGAUGGACGGCUGCAGGAGGGAGAUGAGAUCCUGGAGGUGAACGGAGAGUCUCUGCAGGGCCUGACCCACCAGCAGGCCAUCCACGCCUUCAAGCAACUCAAGAAAGGGGUGGUGACCCUCACCAUCCGCACUCGCUUGCGCAGCCCCAGCCUCACGCCGUGCCCCACCCCCACCCUCCCGAGCCGCUCUGGCUCCCCCAACUCAAAUGCUGGUGCGGGAGUGCCCCCUCCCUCAAGCCCAGUAGACUCAGACGCCCACAGGAGCCGUGCUCUGGGUCAGGUUCCUGGUCCCAACCUGGGUCCAAAGGACUGCAUCAUCAUGGAGGUGACCCUGGAUAAAGAGCCUGGGGUCGGUCUGGGGGUCGGGGUCUGCUGUCUGAGCCCCGAGAACGCUCCCCCCGGGAUCUAUAUCCACAGCCUGGCUCUGGGCUCAGUGGCUCGGAUGGACGGCAGGCUCAGUCGUGGUGAUCAGAUCCUGGAGGUGGACUCAGUCAGCCUCCGCCACGCCGCCCUCAGUGAGGCCUACGCCAUCCUCAGCGAGUGCGGCCCGGGACCCGUCAGUCUCAUCAUCAGCAGACACCCUGACCCCAAGAUAUCAGAACAAGAAAUGGAUCAGACUAUCUCCAGAUCCACAUCCAAGGAUAAACUUAAUCGUGGCCGACUGUCCUCUCACUCCCCAGGUGCAUCCCGGACAAGCCCCCACCCUGCUGGAAGGGACCAGCAAGGAGAAACAUCCCCGCUUCUCAGCUGGACCAUGAAGAGGUUCCUGGAGCCCGCCAGCAGGGGCUCGCUCAGUUCGGAGGCAGAGCUGUCCCAGUUUCUGUCCCAGGACUCCUCCUUCCCCUCUGAGUUCACCCUGAGGAGCUCCAACAGUGAGGAGGUGCUGCACCGGCGGAGCGGCUCCCCCCGUGUCGAUGAGGACUCCCCUCACGCAUUCAGCCGCUCCCUGUCAGCAGCAGAGGACCCCUCUCCCCGUCCUAACCAGCAGCGGGAGCCUCUGAUCCAAACGCUGGCGUCCUCCAGCCCCGCCUCCACCAGGAGCCCGCUGCUGCGCCAGCUGCGGGUUCUGUGCUUGGACGAUGAGCUCAGUGAGGAUGAGGAGAAGGGAGCAGGGCCGGACUCUUCAGCGCCGUCCAUGUCUGCAUGUGAUCAGUUUGGUUCUGGAGCGCUCCAGGUACUCCCCAGCUCCACACUGGGGGCUGCAGCAGGGAGAGCCGAGAGCCCCCAGGAGGAGCUACCAUCUGAGUGCGUGACUCUGAGGAGGAGCCAGGAGGAGUCCUUUGGUCUGGACCUGGAGAUCACGUCCUCCCCCCUGACCGUCACUGUGGCAGGAAUAAAGCCUGGCAGUGCCGCGGCAUCGGAGUCUGCGGGGAAGCUCCGUGCAGGAGAUCAGGUCCUCCGGAUCGGGGACACCUGGCUCCAGUCCUGCAGCUACCAGGAGGUGUGCGAGCUCAUGCACACGCUUCCUCUGACUCUGGAGCUGGAGGUCAGGAGAGCCGCAGCUGUAGAGGAACCGCCCGUUCCCAGGAUGGACUCAAAGAACCCACAAGACCGGUUAUCUCUGAGGACCGACCCGGGCAGCAUGGACGGACCAAACCCGCAGGAGCCUGUGCUGAAGUCGACCCAUGAAGUAAAUGGCUCAAAGCCAGAGAAUCUCCAUGACAACCAACCAUCAAACUGUGACCGUCAAACCCCGGCACCAGGAGACAUCCAAGUGGAGUCAGCUCUACAGCCACGCCCCCCCCACCCUGUGUCCUGCUGUCCGGGUCCGUCGACUGUAGCUCAGUCUGAGCCUGCAGAUCUGGUUCUGAAUCCACAGAGUUCUGGGGCUGGAUCUGAACCGGUCCCACCUGCAGAAGAUGAGGGGUUGAGCGCCGACGGCCUUCAGGAUUCUGCCUGUCAGGAGCAAGAGGAGUUCAUUUCCUGUGGUCUUCACCAGUCUUCACUUCCCCCCGCCCUCCCUGCAGCCCUACCCCACCCCGCCUCCAGCACGACCGGCCCAGACCGGGAGAGUCCUGGGAACGGAACCAGAACCGAGGAGAGUCCAGAGUCCCGUCAGCCAGUCCAGACUGGCACCAUCAGUCCGGGGGUUUCUGCAGACGCUGCUGUGCACGAAGACUGUCAUGUUGAUGCACGUAAUGAGGUGCACAAUGGGGGCCACGCUGACGUGCACGCUGACGUGCACAAUGGGGGCCACGCUGACGUGCACACGGACGUGCACAAUGGGGGCCACGCUGACGUGCACGCUGACGUGCACAAUGGGGGCCACGCUGACAUGCACACGGACGUGCACAAUGGGGGCCACGCUGAUGUGCACGCUGACGUGCACGCUGACGUGCAUGCAGGAUACAGAAAUGAUGCUGCAGCCACUCCGAACUCCCGAGCUCCGGCGCGGCGCUGGUUUCCGCCGGUGACGCUGGAGUCCAGUUUCCUGAACUCCUGUCAGGAACCCGUCAGUGCUGCUCCCGGUACCGACCCGGGGCCUUCAGGGGCCUCCUCCGGACCCGCCCCGCUUGAUAAGGAAAAUGUCUCUUCAUCUGCAGCACCUCCACCCUCUGCCUCCCAGAACACUGAACAUUUGUCAGGAACCAGAACCAGAACUGGGGCGCCUGAAGACACCAGAACCUCCAGGCUGAGCUGUCCAGGCUCCUCUGCAGCCGAAGGUAAGGUGGGAGACAUUUAUUCUGCAGCAGAGCACAGGGCAGCAAAGAGGGCUGCUGUGGUGACGGGAGGGGGCUUGAAGUCCUCGAGGAGCUGGGAGCGCCGCGGCCCCCCCCCCACCGUCCUCUCAGACUGCAGCCCCUUCUCUGUCCGCCACAGAAUCAAGUCGUUCGAAAGCCUGGCGAGUCUGGACAGAGCGGUGAGCCGGAGCUUCGCCCUGACCUUCCCCUCGCUUCAUCACAAGGGCUCUGCCGGCGGGGGUCCAGUUGCUCAGGAGGGGGGUGUGCUCGCGCCCCAGGCCUGCUCCCCCCUCCCUAACCACGCACAUAUGACUAACAGCGGCUCUCCGAGUGGACCCACAGCCAUUCUGCGGCGCAGACACGGCAGACCCCCCCCCGGCAGGCUGCGGCAGCUCCAAGCUCUGAGCAUGCCCGAGCUGGAUCAGCUGUGCACGGUGACCUGCAGGGGGGGGGACGCUGCUGUGACUCCUGUCAAAGCCAGAGACACCGAGUGCCCCCCUCCAUCUGUGAGUCUGACCAAGGUGAUCCGGAUCAUCCGUUCAGACCCCGGAUCCUCCGCACACGCCCCCCCAGAGACCACCAAUAACACAGACCCUGGAUGGUCCAUCAGGCUGGACCAGCUGGCGGCCUCCUCUGUGAAGCAGCAGAAGCUGCGGGCGCUGCUGUCCUCGCACUCCAGCAGAUCGUCGGUGGCGAGCCUGCUGCACCAGCCUGACCACGGCUCGCUGCUCGUCGUCCUCAACAAAGGCGAAGGUUCCGGGCUCGGGUUCAGCAUUGCCGGCGGCGCCGACCUGGAGCAAAAGAAAGUCAUUGUCCACAGGGUCUUCUCCAAGGGGGCGGCCAGCCUGGAGGGCUCAAUCCAAAGAGGCGACAGCAUCCUAUCCAUCAAUGGAACCAGUCUGGAGGGUAAAACCCACGGGGAGGUGGUGUCGUGCCUUCAUCAAGCCAAGCCGUCCGGCCAAGCUGUGGUUGUUAUCUGGAGGAACACGAACGAAGAUGCAAACAUGGCGGAAAGACAGCUAGCGGCUCGCCACGCUGUGAGCUGUCCUGACCGCGCCGACGGCGUGUUUGCUGUGGAGCUUCAUAAGAGCAGUGCCGGUCUGGGCUUCAGUCUGGAGGGGGGGAGGUCCUCCUGCCAGGGGGACCGGCCUCUCACCGUCAAACGCAUCUUUGCAGGGGGCGCUGCAGAGCAGUCUGGGCGGAUUGCUGUAGGCGAUGAGGUUCUGUCCAUCAACGGCUGCUCUCUGGAGGGGCUCAUGCACCACGACGCCUGGAAGAUCAUCAAAAACGCCGAUGAGGGGCCCAGCCAGCUGCUGCUGCGCAGACCUGCUGAGAGGAUCCUCUGUAAAGACCCCCCACCACACCACCUGAGCCAGCAGCAGAGAGGGGGGCUCUGCACCUUCUAAAGAAAGGACUUUUGUUUGAACUGUGCUGUGUGACCCCUCCCUGACAGCUUUGUGUGACAAACAUGUACACACAAAUGAACUUUUUUUAAUUAAAUACAUUCUGGAAAAACGUGUGCUGCUG